CGGGGCUUUGAAUCCUCCCCCUAUUUCCGCUGUUGGCCAGGGCAGCUGUGGCUGGAGGUGGUUUCGGCUUGUGUAGGGCUUGCAAAGAAACUGCACCUGGCCGUGAAUGUUCAGCCUCCCUUGAAGCAAAACUCCUUCCAAAGCUCUCAUGAUGAGUCUCCAGUGGGCAGCCGUGGCCACUUUCCUGUAUGCGGAAGUCCUCCUCGUCUUUCUCCUGUGCAUACCCUUUAUCUCUGCAACGAGAUGGCAGAAAAUCUUCAAGUCUCGCUUGGUGCAGCUCAUGGUGACGUACGGAAACACCUUCUUUGUUGUGCUCAUAGUCAUCCUUGUCCUGUUGUUCUUUGAUGCCAUUCGCGAGAUCCGGAAAUAUGACGAUGUGACCGAGAAAGUGAACCUGCAGAAUAACCCCGGGGCUGUGGAGCAUUUUCACAUGAAGCUCUUCCGAGCCCAACGCAACCUCUACAUUGCUGGCUUCUCGUUAUUGAUGUCUUUCCUAUUGAGACGUCUUGUCACCUUAAUCUCCCAGCACGCCACCACCCUGGCCUCUAAUGAAGCCUUCAAGAAGCAGGCAGAAGGAGCAAGUGAUGCCGCCAAGAAAUACAUGGAGGAGAAUGACAAGCUGAAGAAGGAGCUGAAGGCAGCAGGAGUGGAAGUAGCUGAUUUGGACACCAAAGGAGCUGGAACUGAGGAAGAGAACAAAGCCCUCCAGGCCGAAGUCAAGGAGCUGAAGGAUGAAUUGGCCUCCGUCAAGAGAGUCUUGGAGAAGGCCAACAGCGAGGCACUGGCUAUGCGCAAGCAGGCCGAAGGACUGACCAAGGAGUACGACAGGCUGCUGGAUGAACACGCCAAGCUUCAGGCUGCUUGCGAUGGCCCAAAGGACAAGAAGGAAGAAUGAUCCCCCUAUCAGCGGUUCUGGCCAGUCUCCAUUCUGCUGCCUGUUGCUGUGCUUUCAUCUUUUCUUUUCUUUUUGAGUGGGGGUGGGCCCUAACUGAGCCCCCUCCCUCACACUCUGGGCUUAGGUUUGGGGGAGUAUACUCACCCCACCAUACAUUGUCCUCCCCCACCCCUGCCUCCCUGCACAGCCCUGUUGCUGUAGCUUUUGAGUCAACUGCUAACUCUCUCUGCCCUCUGCCAUUUUCUAUAUAAAAGACUGGCGAUACUGUAGCCUGACCAGGGGAUUUUUCUCAUCCGAUCUGCCCACACAAGGGAGAAAGCCUUCCUUUUUGGGGAGGCAGGUGGGGCAGGUAGGCUCAGAAGCAUUGUGUAGUCCUGUGGUGAGGGUGGACUGGCUAUUUCAGCAUGUGCUCUUAACGCUGCCCCUCAUAUUUCAGUUGCGCCUGCUCCCCCAUCUCUGGGCAUGCCUCUGCUGCAUCCAGAGUUCGACAGGACGCAAGUGAGGCAUGUGCCGUGGUGCUUAGGUACUCCUGUUGGUAUUGCCUGGGUGUGAGGAGAAAGAUCUGCCCUGUGUCCAUACCUUCUGUAUUUUUUUUAUAUAUAUUACAGACACGAUGACUGUACAAAGCUUCUCAUUAAAUCUCUGGAACAACA